AGGGCUGUUUCAUCUCCCACUAGAAAAAAAAUAAAGCCUCUGAUCUGUCUCUCCCUUCAUUCUGGGGUUGAGCUUCAAGCCAUUAUACUAAUUUCUUCCUCAAUUUUCAGUUCUGACCCAUACCCACAGUCCUCAUUUUCUUCAGCAUUCUCAGAGUUCUUUGCUCCAUUCACUCACUAGUAAGGUAAGGGCAGUGGGAAUUUGGAAAAAAGAUUGAAUUUUUAUCCAUUUUUCUUCUCUCCAAUGGAUGUUCUUUCUUAUAGAGCUUUGUCCUCUUUUACUUUAUACGAACACUGAUGAUUUGGGUGUAUUCUUGGUAAAUUUCUGCUGGAUUGUUGAGAAUUGACUGUUGCAGUUUCUGGGAUUUGACUGGGGUAGAUAGAUGUUCAAAUCUUGAAUUGCAAUUUGAGGGGUUAUUGCAGUUGAUUCUUAAGAUGGUGAAUUUGAGGAGACAGAAAAGGAAGCCUUUGGUUUCUGGUGUUUUUGUAGCAUUCAUGUUAUUAGGGUUACUGGGUAAAGCUUCUGCUUUCAGUCCUGUGGAUGAAUUCUUGAUUGUAUGUGGAUCUUCCAAGAAUGUCACAUUUCUUGGCCAGACGUACAUCCCGGAUUCGCCGCCUAUAUCCUCAUUCACUCUGAAAACUGUGGGAAAUGUUGUUUCUGCUGCCACAAAUUCAACUCCCCCAUCCCCUAUUUAUCAAUCUGCUAGAAUUUUCACCGCCCCAUCAUCUUACAGCUUUGAUAUCAAGAAACCGGGCCGCCAUUGGGUUCGUCUCUAUUUCUAUCCGAUCCCAGCCCAGAACCUAACAUCUGCCUCCAUCACCGUAACUGCAGAAAGCUAUGUUCUUUUGAACAAUUUCAGUUUCAAAAGAUAUAACCGUUCGUCGUAUCUCUUUAGAGAGUAUGCGAUCAACAUAUCUUCUGAUACAUUGACUCUCACUUUCAUACCAUCCAACAGCUCUAUAGCAUUUGUGAAUGCCAUUGAAGUUGUUUCCUUUCCAGAUGAGUUGAUCCCCGAAAAGGCGCCGAUCGUUUACCCUCCCGGAUCUUUUGAUGGUCUUUCCGGAUUUGCCCUUGAAACAGUUUACCGGCUUAACAUGGGUGGCCCUCUGCUUACCCCACAGAACGAUACACUAGGAAGGACUUGGGAGAAUGAUAUGAAGUACCUCCACAUAAACAGCUCUGCUGUGAAUAUGUCUGUGAGUCCCUUGAGCAUAAGGUAUCCGGCGACUGUCACACAAGAAGUUGCACCGAAUUGGGUUUAUGCGACUGCUGAGACUAUGGGCGAAGCAAAUGUCAUAAAUGAGAAUUUCAACAUCUCUUGGGUCUUCCCCGUGGAUUCGAAUUUCACGUAUUUGGUCAGAGUUCAUUUUUGUGAUAUAGUGAGUGAGUCUUUGAACAUGCUGGUUUUUGACCUUUAUAUCAACGACGACAUUGCUUUGGCUGAAUUUGACUUAUCCAAUCAAGUCGGUAACUUGGAUGUCCCAUAUUAUAGGGAUUUUGUGUCCAACGCAUCCUCCGGUUCUAGGUCGGGUACACUGACCGUGAGUGUGGGUCCUGGCCAAAGUGACGAUUACUACAACGCGAUCAUGAAUGGGUUGGAGAUCAUGAAGAUCAGCAAUGCCGCUAGAAGCUUGGAUGGAGAUUCGCCCGUCGAGACUCUCUUGGGUUUCCCUAAAAAAGAGGAAGAGAAGAAAAGGUUUGUCAUCAUUGUUUGUUCUGUUGUUGGUGGCUUGUCUGCUUUGCUGGUUUCUGGAUUGUGUUGCUUCUGUCUGGCCACACGAAUGUCGAAGCACCAUGAACAUGGACAUCCAUGGCUUCAACUUUCCUUAUAUGGAAACUCUUUAACCAUGACUAAAAUGUCCACAACUUCCCAAAAGAGUGGAGGAGCAACGCCAAGCUGCAUAUCCUUGGCGGCUUCCUCUAGCCUCGGGAGAUUCUUCUCGUUCCAGGAAAUAACGGACGCCACCAACAGAUUCGACGAGGCCUUGCUGCUCGGGGUUGGCGGUUUCGGUAGGGUGUACAAGGGCACGCUGGACGACGGGACCCAUGUGGCCGUGAAAAGAGGGAACUCGAGAUCCGAGCAAGGGAUGGCCGAGUUCCGAACCGAGAUAGAAAUGCUCUCGAGGCUCCGCCACCGUCACCUCGUGUCGUUGAUCGGCUAUUGCGACGAGCGGUCCGAGAUGAUUCUCGUUUACGAGUACAUGGCAAACGGGCCGCUGCGGAGCCACCUAUACGGGACCCACCUCCGGCCGUUGCCGUGGAAGCAACGGCUCGAGAUAUGCAUCGGCGCCGCUCGGGGGCUGCACUACCUCCACACGGGUGCGGCCCAGAGCGUCAUCCACCGCGACGUGAAGACCACGAACAUACUUUUGGACGAAAACUUCGUCGCCAAAGUCGCCGAUUUCGGCCUCUCGAAAACCGGGCCCGCCAUUGACCAAACCCAUGUCAGCACGGCCGUCAAGGGCAGUUUCGGGUACCUCGACCCCGAAUACUUCCGGAGGCAACAGCUGACGGAGAAGUCGGACGUGUACUCGUUCGGGGUGGUCCUAAUGGAAGUCCUCUGCACCAGGCCGGCCCUGAACCCGGUCCUCCCGCGGGACCAGGUCAAUAUAGCCGAGUGGGCGAUGACGUGGCAAAAGAAGGGAAUGCUGGGCCAGGUCAUCGACCCCAACCUGAAGGGGGGGAAGGUGGGCCCGGCCUCCCUGAAGAAGUACGCGGAGACGGCCGAGAAGUGCUUGGCCGAGCACGGGGCCGACCGGCCCUCGAUGGGCGACGUGUUGUGGAACUUGGAGUACGCCCUGCAGCUCGAGGAGGCCUCGUGGGCCCUCGCGGACCCCGCCGACAGCAGCACCAACCACAUCCCGCUGUCGCGGUUCGAGAACAGCUCGGGUUCGAUCGAGGCGAUCGCUAGUCGUCACUCGGCUGCAACGACGGACGAUGAUGUGGACGAGGAUGCUGCGACGACUGCUGUCUUCUCGCAGCUCGUGAACCCGCGGGGACGGUGAGAUCAAACCAUUCAUGUCAUUGUUUUUUUAAUAGGAGUUUUGGUCUUUACAUACAUUGUUUUAUAUACUGGAAAUUUGAUCAUAUGUGCUGUAAAUGUUACCACGAGAUUGAUUUAUAUACCAUUGUCACUGUUGUUGUUGAUAUCAUUUAGAGGGUAAUAGUGUGUAUUUUGUUCAAAUAAAUGCAGAUUGUUGUU